AUGGCAGAUGAGUGUGUGGUUUGCAGCAAACUUGUCCGUCCACAACAAGAAGCCUUAAUAUGUGACGAUUGUAACAGAUGGCAACACAGGACUUGCAAUGUCAGCCGACAACAAUAUAGAGAUCUUGUGAGGAGCAGAGAUGAUUUUGAGUUCCGAUGCUUAAAGUGUAAAGAGGAGAGGGACGAUCAUAGUUUGCCAAUGGAAGUAUCAACAGACAUCCUACAGUCAACAUCUAUAGAGGGGCAUCCUACACCACCCUCAAGUCCUAAUGUGGCACCAAUUGGCACUCCAACUUCCCCUCCACAGCUACUGAUUCCUCCUGUACCAGCUAUGGAUGACUCUACACUUCCAGAUGAGCCCGACUCAGUGAAUCGGCCCCCUGAAGCAUUGGAGUCCUCAGACUUCGACAUUUCUCAUCGGCGGGAUGUGGAAGACAGCGAUGAAGAGCCACAGGAGAGCACCUUACACGAGGACCUUGAUGACACCAUUAUAGAUGAAGAAGAUGUUCGCUUUGAAGUUCUGGAGAAGGGGAGCAAGAGAGGCAACUCCUUUGUGCGAGGAUCCAAUGCACAUCUUCACCCAGGGGACCUGAAGCUGCCACUUCUCAAGAAAGUUUCAGCAGAGGCAAAGGAAGUUGCUGUGGAGCAAGUCUUUCGUCCAGCAAGAGAAAUCGUUGAGGCCACCAUUGCUGAUACCAUUCAAGACAGGUUCCUGGCCCCAAAGACAUCCAACAUCAAAAGAUAUGUGAACAACUACAGGGCUGCUUUUCGACCCAAAUAUCCCACAGACUUGGACUUUGAGAUAAACAUGGAUUUCCUCCAGUGUCAGGAGUUCCUGAUAGUUGAGUUGCUGCUUCCGAUCUGGAGUGUGAUGUCUAGCCACAAGAUACAGCAGAGGAUUGCCAAUGCUGCAGUCCGUUACAUGGAACAAGAGAUUUCCUCAGCAGUGUACCUAAAGCUUUGUGGUUCCAUUUAUGCAGCUCCAUUUCAGUGA